AUGGAGGAGCUCGGCGGCGUCGCCGGGGCGCCCCCGCCGCCGACGCCGACGCCGCGCGACGUCCCGCUGAUGCGACCGGGGGACGUCGUCCUGCUCGACAUGAACGGCGAGAAGUGGGCGUUCAUCAACCUCAAGCGCGGCGGGUGCGCGCGCGUCCGUCCCUCCGUCCGCGCGCGCGUCGUUCCCUCCGUCCUCCGCCGCCGCCGCCGACGACGCGUCGUCGAUCGAUCAUCAGAUCCGACGCCCGAGCCGUCGGCGUCCACCCGUCCAUCCAUCCGUCGUCGGUCUCUCUCUUCUCUCUCUUCGCGCCGACGACGCGCUUUCUCACGCGCCCUCCUCCCCCUCACCCCCGUCCCCCUCCCCGCCCGCCCUCGCAGCACCGCGUGCGUGGGCAAGCAUCGCGCGGUGUCGCUCGACCCGCUCAUCGACCAGCCGUUCGGCGGCGCGUACGAGGUGGACCAGGCGCGUCCUCAUCUGUUUACACUGGACGGCGUCUUGUACCCGGCGGAGCGCGCGGAGGCGGGCGAUUGGGACGAGGGCGUCGUCCCGGAGGACGACGACGAGCGCACGAACGCGGAGAUCAACGACAUGCGGGAUAACUCCGCGCAGGGUCUGUCGCACGACGACAUUCAUCGGUUGAAAAAGGCUGGCGUCGGCGCCGCCGGGCUCGUGCGACAGCUGUGCGAAAACUCGAGCACGUUUCACGCGAAAACCGCCUUCGCGCAGGAAAAGUACAAGAAGAAGAAGCUCGCGAAGCAUCUCACGCGCGUCCGCGCGCGCUUCCCGUCCGCGCGCGCGAUAUGCGAGGCGUACUUCUACAAGCAACCCGCGGCGAUUAACUACCUGCGGUACGACGCGCUCGGAAUGCUCCUCUCGCUGGGCAACGUCGGCGCCGACGCCGCGCCGCUCGUCGUGGAGACGUGCGGCGGGCUCGUCGUCGCCGCCGCCGCGGAUCGAAUGGGCGGCCGCGGGCGCCUCUGCGCCGCGCACGCGGGCGCGGAGAAGGCGACGAUGGAUAUCGCGCGGCUCAUCAACUUGACCGACGCGGCGCGCGAGAGCAUCGUGACGUGCGCGCUGGGCGAUCUGAUCAAGGCGCGGUCGGAUCCGGAGGCGUGGAGCGUCGAGGCGAAAACGCGGGAAGAAGCCGCGGUCGAGGCGAGGGCGGCGAUCGAGGCGGAUAAGGCUGCCAAGCUCGCGGCCGCGGGCGGCGACGUCGCGAUCGGCGCGCCGACGCGGAAGAAGCCGGAGGGGUGGCGGUCGCGGCGCAUCCGCGACGCGGCCCCUGGGGACGUCUCCGCGAUGUGUCGCGACGACGAGGGGUUCACGUCUCUGAUCAUCGCGUCGCCCGCGCUGGACCCGAGCGUCGCGCUGGACGCGCUGCUGCCGCUGCUCGCGCCCUCGGCGCCGUUCGCGGUGUGGAACCCCGCGUCCGGGCCGCUCGCGGAGGCGCUCGAGGCGCUGCGGUCGACGCACGCGGCGGUGGGACUCGCGUUGCACGAGCCGUGGCUGAGGAAGCAUCAGGCGCGUCCUCAUCGCACACUGGUUCCCAUACGACCGCGUUCGCGUUGUGAACUUCAUUCCUUGAGGACUUUCUCUCCCGGCGUGUUGCCGGGUCGGACGCAUCCGACGAUGACGACGGGCGCGGGGAGCGGCGGGUACGUGCUGAGCGGGACGUACGUUCCCGCGUGGGCGCGGGGGGGGAGGCCGAGGGCGAAGGACUCGCGGGGGGAGGAGGACGGCGGCGGCGGGAAGAGGCCGAGGGCGGAGUAG